AUGGCCUCCGCGCGGACCUAUCUAUACGUCGUCCUGACAACUCUCAUUCUUCCACUCUUUUACUCCCAUGACAAGUCACAAGUUCUUGGACAGUUCAUUCAGGGCUAUCAGUUCAUUCCUGUCAAUCAAGGUGGCCAGCCGAUAACAUUCUGGCGGCCAGCCAUCAAUGCCAAUCCGGUCCCUGUGAUCGAUGUCGAGCCUCAAACGGUCUUUCUCGUGUACAACUGCGCGUAUAUGAGAGAGAUUUGCACCAACUACUUCAACUAUGCCGCGACACCUCGCGGACAGAACCGCCCAUACCCAACACGCUUUGGCUAUGACCUGAACACGGGCAAGAGGAGGCGCAGCGGCAAGAGGCGCGAUAAGUCCUGCCCUACAGGAAAGACGUCAGGAUGGUCGACCUUCCACUCCUGUCCCGAGCCCAACCAGCAGAGACCGAUGCGCCACGAUGGUGAAUGGCCUCACAUUCAGCUAGAGUCAAGCACCACGGGCAGCCUCAUCGCUCACAUACGCGACCCUACCACCGGCCAAGUCCUGGAGGAGUCCAAGAUUCGCUACUCAUGUGACGAGUUCCCGCCAGCCACCUGGGUGGAGGGCGGUAGCGGAAUGAACUCCCCAGAAGCCUCAGCCGAGGACGCCCAGACGCGAUGCGCCGCCAUGCGCUGCGGCAAGGGUCUCAACGGUGUCAAGAUCAAGGCCGAGCAGGACUGGCAGGCCGUUGCCCACGGCCGCCUUCGCGAGCAGCUGCUCACCCUCGCCAGACCGUUGGGACCGAGGGGUACCAACAAGUACCCAUUGUUCAACGAACGUGACAGUGUCAUUAUGUUCCAAUUUCGCGCCAUCUACCAGCCAGCCCAACCCUACGCAGCCUGGGUCGUCACCUACGACGACCCUGCAUGGAGUAUUGUGCAGAGUGAAAUCGGCAUCACUCAGAUCAAGCGCUCCGACGAAAACGUCACAGAACCGUUUCCCCUCACCUGGGCCGAUAAGAUUUCGGGCGAGGAGUUGAUUGCCAUGAUGAGCAAGGCGAGCCCGCGCCAGUGGCACCCGAUAUCUCUCAACGAGACCGUCGAUGACCUCCCCUCCAUGUCUUUGCCAGGCGACAUGGCUUCUGACAGCUUGAGCUUCGGGUCAGAAGCCAGCGACGACUGGUGGAAAGACGAUGAUCUUGAGGAAGAGUAUCAGGGUGAGCUCGACGAUAGCACAGAUGACGAUGAUGAGAAAGUGUCUUCCGUGAGACAUAUGCAGAACAUCACUCACUUCAAUAUCCCCCAGCGCGCCUUCGUCCCCGCAGUCAGAGACACUUCCAAGACUGCGAGCACUCCAUUGCUUAAGAACGCGACCACUUCCGACAUCGAGCGAGCCCGUCGCAUUGUACAGGAAGCCAUGGCCCAGUCCGCAACCCUCAACAAGGCCCGUCUCGCAAGACCUCUGCGCAACAAGUACAGCCUGAAGCCUGGAACUGUUCUUGGUGCCGGCUCCGGGAUCAGGCGCCGCCGUCAAACAGUCACCGCUGGAGAGAGUGAUUUGGUCGUCCCUCCGCUUUUGAACAUCACCGAGGCCAUCGCCUCCGCUGCCGCUCUUUUGUCCGAGGCCGAUGCCGCUGGAAUCUCAGGCAAUCUCACCCGCAAUUCGACGCUGCACCAACGAGCCAGGAGGGCCACGUCAGGCACCUACUGGAUGGAGCAUCUUGGUCGUAAAGGGACUGUUCCUUGGGGUGACGACCCGACAUACAAGGUCUUCCGCAAUGUUCUUGACUACGGCGCUGUGGGUGACGGAGUAACGGACGACACCAAGGCCAUUAAAAAAGCUAUGGAUGACGGCCGGCGCUGCGGCGAAAAGUGCAACGGCUCAACCACUAAGAAUGCCAUCGUGUACUUCCCGCCCGGUACCUACCUCAUUUCUACCCCUAUUCCCAUGCCUUUUGGCACCCAGGUCAUCGGUGAUGCGAACAACUGGCCCACGCUUCUGGCGAGUCACAACUUCAUCGGCCUGGGAGUGCUCUCCUCUGACGAGUACACGGGCGUGAGAAACCCCGAUGGCUCCGAUGAACAGUGGUACAUCAACACGGCCAACUUCUACCGCCAGAUCCGCAACAUCCGCAUUGACAUCACCCAGACCCAGUCAACUCAGGACGUCGCCUGCAUUCACUGGCAGGUGGCCCAGGCCACUAGCAUCCAGAACGCGGAGCUCAUCGCCGCCUCUGGAAGCAAAAACCAGUACGGCAUCUUCGCUGAGAACGGCAGCGGUGGCGUUAUCUCGGACAUCACGUUCCGCGGCGGCGCCUUUGGUCUGUACGGCGGCGAGCAGCAGUUCACGGCGCAGCGCAUGACCUUUGACGGAUGCACCACGGGCGUGCAGAUCAUCUGGGACUGGGGCUGGGUUUGGAAAUCCAUUACCAUGACCAACGUCGACGUCGGUUUCCGCCUGCUGGGCGAGGCUGGAGGCAGCGGCAACGUCGGCUCGGCCGCCAUAUAUGACUCCAGCUUCCAGAACGUAGGCACUGCCGUGCUCAUAGCACCGCCCGACUCGGCCCCUGGAUCUGGAAGCACCGGCGUCAUCAUCGAAAAUGUUUCGUUUCAGGGCGUGGCCAAGGCCGUUGCUGAUACCAGCGGGAGCACCCUACUUGCGCCCGCUGGCAAGGUCAGCCACUGGGCACUCGGAACGGUGUACUCGUCCAAGGACCGUCAGUUCUCCAUGGGACAGGACUUUGGAACGUUCAACCGGCAGUCAAGUCUGCUGGACUCCAAAGGCAACUAUUUUGAACGCGCAAAACCGCAGUAUGAGGGCAGUUCCGUGGGCGAUUUCGUUCAUGUCAAGGACUUGGGAGUCCUGGGAGAUGGUGUAACCGACGACACGGCCGCCUUCCAAUCUGCUCUCUACUCCAGCUUAGGCAAGAUCCUCUUCAUCGACGCAGGCUCCUACAUCCUGACAAACACCAUUACCAUUCCCCGUGGUGCCAAGAUUGUCGGAGAGACCUGGUCCCAACUUGUCGCAGCGGGAUCUCUCUUUGAGGAUGCUAAGGCUCCCCGGCCCCUGAUUCAGGUUGGCAAGCCAGGAGACGUUGGCGACGCCGAGAUGCAAGACUUAAUCAUCACCACCCGCGGCCCGACGGCCGGCGUCAUUCUAAUUCAGUGGAACUUGCGAGCAGCGACCGCUGGAUCCGCCGCACUUUGGGACGUACACGUUCGUAUUGGCGGUGCGACAGGAACGCAGCUUACACCUACCGAGUGCCCGGCCCUAACGAGUGGCAUCGCACAGGGGUGCAACGCCGGCAGUUUGAUGAUGCACAUCACAUCGACUGCCUCGGGCUACUUCGAGAACAUGUGGUUAUGGGUUGCCGACCACAUGAUUGAUGAUCCUGAUCUGGAAGAUGCUGCCAACCCCAUGGUACAGACAUCCAUCUACGUCGCCCGCGGUCUGCUCGUCGAAAGCGUCCAACCCGUAUGGCUAUACGGCACCGCGUCAGAGCACUCCGUCUUCUAUCAGUACAACUUUCACAACGCCCGUAACAUCUUCGCUGGUCUGCUACAGACCGAGUCUCCUUACUAUCAGCCGACCCCUCAGCCGCCUGCCCCCUUCCAAGACGUCGUUGACGUCUUCAAGGGCGAUCCAGACUAUACUUGCGCUUCUGGAAACGAGUUCAACGGCUGCGAUGAGUCGUGGGCAGUCAUGAUGCGCGGCUGUGCCAACAUUUUCGUCGCAGGGGCGGGUGUAUACACAUGGUUCUCGACUUACACGCAAGAGUGCAUUGACCAGCAUGCGUGCCAGAAGGUGCUCGUCUUGCUGGACGAUAAUUACGCCAACGUCCGCUUCCAGAACCUCGUCACUAUAGGCGCCAAGUACAUGGCCGUCAUGGACGGUGUUGGCAUCUCGGCCCUCGAUAACCUCAACGUCGAGGGGCAUCCGCGCUGGUCUCUGAUUUCCAUCCUGGAUGUCACCAACGGCGGCAGAACAUUCCAGGAGGUUGGCUGGAUUGAUCCUAAGAUCUGGGCUAUGGAGACGCCGGGAUUCACUUGCGCGUUGCCGUGCGUGGUCAAGUUGCCGCCUUGGACUGGGGCUACGAGCACCGUCAACUUCCCCAUCGUGACAGUGAGCGACGGCGCGUGGACGACAGCCAUCACCCGACCGCCCAUUACCAUCUCAAAGUGGAUGUUUCAAGAGGUCACACUCAGUGCCGGAGGAGUUGCCGCCCGGGCGACAGCCGGAGCCGGCUCGGACCUCCAGGCCCGCCAGGCCGGCGCUCCCGUUGCUGAGUUCUGGCCCGUGCCGGCGACGACUCCGUAUUGGCCUCCCGUGACAUACAUCGGCCCGGACGGUGUGGCAGCAACCACCACACUCAGCAUGCCCUUUCCGACUCCCCCGGCUUUGAUCGGGCCGGACGCGGCGGCGCCUCCGGCUGGGAGCUGGCCCAAGAGGGCGGUACAAGCUUUCGCCGGCGCAGGAUACGACCCCUUCGUGGACCAAUGCUACUUUGCAGACUUCUCCUGCCCCAACCCUUGGUCUGGUUACGGCGAGGCCGAAGAUAGCCCCGAUGACCCCGAGGACCCGUACGACGAAUAUGGCCCCGAAGGCAAAGUUACCUGUCCUCCCGCGACGUCGACGAGCGCCACAUCCAAGUCCGCAGUCCCAACCCAGCCGACGCAAGCUGUGCCCGUACCCGUGCCCGCCCCGUCGCCGCUCGAACAUGGAAACCCGAUUGACAACAAGAAGAAAUGCUACAACGCCGGACGCGGCGCUGACCACACACGAAUCGACAACGCCAUCAAGUCUUUCUGCAACCAGCUGGGUGACGAGGGAAGCGUCAUCCGCAAUAAGUUCCACCUGGCGAAGACUGUCGAGUUCCCGAGGAGGUCGGGCGAGCUCGGGCUCGAGGUUGUCAUGGAGUUUACCCUCAAAAAGGGCUGCGAGUGGACGACGGACUUCGACCAGUGCGCCCGCUACCUGAAGGUGCCGGUGGAUAGCUGCGACUGCGGCGGCGUGGAUUCGAAGCAUGGCGGAACAGUCACGAAUAGUUGCUACUUCUGGAGACUCGACCCCAACAACAAGUGGCUUUGGAAGCUUUCGGAGAAGCUGCUGGGUCAGGAGUUCUCAUUCGAAGGGGAAGAGACGACGAGACCCGGAGCAUGGCGCUUCGCUAGACAGACCGUCCGCGACUACCAUGACUUCCUCAAGGACAUGGACCUUCCCGAUACAGAACGGCCCCUGAAGAAGACAAGCAUGGUCGUCUCCCUCCUGUGCCAUCUUGCCCAAAUCGACCGGUUCCCCGACUGCCAGCAAUGCAAGAACGGCGACGAAGAGGUCAAGACCCUGCAGAUGGUCUCAGAAAACCCCGAUAUCUGCGACGAGAUGCCUUGUCACGCGGCCGGCCUCGCCCAGGGCCUAGAAGAGAGUCCCAUCUUCCUUCUCGACACGGAGUUCGGCGUCAUCCACGAGUGGUAG